UGAAAAAGUUGUGGCUGAAAUUUGCUAUUCAAUUUUCUUUGUAUCCCCCACUCAAGCAGUAGCAGACAUUACUAACCACUUAUCCUCUUUCUUCUUCUCCAACCUUGCUCUGAAAAUUUUCUCUCUCCUCCCAUGUGGAGUCACCUGUGACUUCUCAAUCCUAUUGCUUUCAUGUUCUUGUACCCCAAAAUCAUGGAGUUAUAAUUUCACCACCCUCAAUUAUCUUGAUAAAGAAAGAAAUUAUACAAUCAUUAAACCCCCAAACCCACACACACAAAUUAAAAACCCACCUAAUCAAAUGUCCUUUUUAUUAAACUUACCAUAAUAAAUACCAAAGAUCUUCAAAUUUUGCAGAUUCCCCCUUUAGAUGUAUAAAUAGGACUUUUUUUUAAUUAUUAUUCUUUUUAUUAAUUGACAAAAAAUUGCAGAAAAAUGGUGGAUGGGUGUACAAUAGUAUGGUUGAGGAGGGAUCUAAGGGUAGAAGAUAAUCCAGCUUUAGCAGCAGCAGUGAGAGCAGGAUCAGUAAUUUGUGUUUUUAUUUGGGCACCUGAAGAAGAAGGCCAUUAUUACCCAGGAAGAGUUUCAAGGUGGUGGUUGAAACAUAGUUUAGCACAGCUUGAUUCUUCUUUGAAAAGUCUUGGUACUUGUCUUGUUACCAAGAGAUCUACUGAUAGUAUUUCCUCACUUAUUGAGAUUCUUAAGUCUACUGGUGCUUCUCAGCUCUUCUUCAAUCAUUUAUAUGAUCCUCUGUCACUUGUUAGGGAUCACCGUGCAAAAGAAGUAUUAACAGCACAUGGUAUAACCGUGCGCUCCUUCAAUGCUGAUCUUCUGUAUGAACCAUGGGAAGUUGUUGACGAGACAGGCCAACCGUUUAAUACCUUUACUUCUUUCUGGGAAAGAUGCCUUAGCAUGCCUUUUGAUCCCGAGGCUCCACUUCUUCCACCUAAGAGGAUAAUCUCUGGAGAUAUUUCGAAGUGCCCAUCAGACACAUUGGUAUUUGAAGAUGAUUCAGAAAAAGGAAGUAAUGCCUUACUUGCUAGAGCAUGGUCACCUGGUUGGAGCAGUGCUGAUAAAGCUUUAACCACUUUCGUCAAUGGACCUUUGAUUGAAUACUCAGAGAAUCGAAGAAAGGCUGAUAGUGCAACAACCUCCUUUCUCUCUCCUCACCUUCACUUUGGAGAGGUCAGUGUACGAAAGGUCUUCCACCUAGUACGCAUCAAGCAAGUCUCAUGGGCAAAUGAAGGGAACACAGCAGGUGACGAGAGUUGCAAUUUGUUUCUGAAAUCAAUCGGUUUGAGAGAAUACUCAAGAUAUAUGAGCUUUAACCACCCGUAUAGCCACGAGAGGCCUUUACUUGGGCACCUCAAGUUUUUCCCGUGGGUGGUGGAUGAAAGCUACUUCAAGGCGUGGAGACAAGGUAGAACGGGUUAUCCUUUGGUUGAUGCUGGUAUGAGAGAGUUGUGGGCUUCUGGUUGGCUACAUGAUAGAAUACGGGUUGUUGUUUCUAGCUUCUUUGUGAAGGUUCUGCAACUUCCAUGGAGGUGGGGGAUGAAGUACUUCUGGGAUACCCUUUUGGAUGCUGAUCUUGAAAGUGAUGCCCUUGGCUGGCAAUAUAUAACGGGGACUCUCCCUGAUGGCCGUGAGGUUGACCGAAUAGAUAAUCCUCAGUUUGAAGGCUACAAAUUCGAUCCAAACGGAGAAUAUGUAAGGCGGUGGCUCCCAGAACUUGCAAGGCUACCAACAGAAUGGAUCCAUCACCCAUGGAAUGCCCCGGAAUCCGUACUACAAGCUGCAGGGGUAGAGUUAGGGUCAAAUUACCCACUUCCCAUUGUAGGAAUAGAUGCAGCAAAAGUAAGACUCCAAGAAGCGCUUACAAGUAUGUGGGAACAAGAAGCAGCUUACAGGGCAUCUAUUGAGAAUGGGACAGAAGAAGGUCUCGGCGAUUCUGCCGAAUUUGCCCCUAUUGAAUUUCCUCAAGAUUUACGGAUGGAUAUUGAUCGUGAACCCGCGAGGAACGAUAACAACCAAAAUGAGGUUAACCGGCCCCGUCAUGAGGACCAGAUGGUGCCUAGCAUCACCACAACCUUGUUUAGGGUUGAUGAUUAUGAAACUUCUUCAGAGGUUCAACAACAUUCAGUGGGAAAUGUGAGAGCAGAGGUUCCAAGAAAUCAAGGGGUUGAACAAUCUCCAAGAAGAAAUAAUAAUGUGAUUCCACCACCACAACCACCACGGGUAAACAUCACGUACGGGUUGCAGAAUAUAGAGAUAGAAGAGUCUACAGCUGACUCAUCAAGUACUUCUGGUGGUAGCCGGAGUAGUGGGGUGGUUCCUGUUUGGUCUCCUUCGAGUUCUACAUUUGCAGAUCAGUAUAUUAGUGAUGAAGCGGGAAUGGGACAAGGGUCCUCGUUUCUGCAGAGGCAUCCACAAUCGCACGAACUGGUGAAUUGGAGACGGCUUUCUCAAACUGGUUGAAAUGGUUCUGGGAGAGCAGCCGAAGAUAGAAAUCUGUAUAUCCUAAUGCAGUGAUACUACUAAAAUGCAAGUCAUGGUUGGAGGCUCGGCUUGUUUAUGUUUUAUCUACAUCUCGGUGUAUUCACUGAAAAGCAGACAUUAAAACUCAGCUCGAUUGAUUGAAAAUUGGCAGCUCUGCUUAUGCCAUUUUGGCUUAUUAAAAAAUAUCAGCAGCUCUGCUUGUAAUCCAUUAUAGUGUGUAGUUUUGCUGUAUAGUUGUAGUUCGUUCCCUUUGCAGGGGGAAGAAGAAGAAGAAGAGUCAUGAUCAUUGUAGGGAUGUGUAGCCUUGAAUAAAUCCCAGGCUUGUACCAUUUUCCUUAUUGUGAAAUAUAUUUGCUACUAUAUUGUCAAUAAUGCAUGGUUCUUUGUUUUGCA